AACCGAAUUAUGCCCGAAUCCAUUUAUGGACGAGUCGGGCCCAACAUGAACAAUAACUUCAAGCCCGAACUUGAUUGUCAGGCCUAAACAUGAACUCGUUUAGGUCUCUCCGAGCCCAUUUUAUCUUGAAUUCGAGAGAUUAAAGAUUAUUCUAAUAGGAUUACGCCCUAAUUCAUUUAUGGAUGAGCCGGGCCGGCAUGAACAAAAACUCCAAGCCUAAACAUGAACUCAUUUAGGUCUCUCCGAGCCCAUUUUACCUUGAAUUCGAGAGAUUAAAGAUUAUUCUAACAGGAUUAGGCCCAAAUUCAUUUGUGGACAAGCCGGGCCAGCGUGAAAAAACUCCAAGCCCGAACUUGAUUGUCAGGCCCGGCCCAAACAUGAACAAUCUCCGAGCCCAUUUAGGCCCGUUUCCGAUCCCCUCAUUCUCUACUAUAAGUUUCUCCACGGCCCGAAAAUUCCACUCCUUUGUUACUUCUCCCCUUUCCUUCUCAUGGCGUCUCCACCAAACCCUAACAACUCGCCGCCCGCCGUUGCCGUUGACCACCACCGCCUUCAAUUUACUCCGGUCAAUUUACCUGUCACUUCCCCUAUGGCAAAUGCUAUUCCUGAGGGUAUUGUGGAUAUAACCAGUCUGACUGAAUCAAGCACUGGCGAGAAGCGAAAAAGAGAAGGAAGAUUAAGAUCAAGAGUUUGGCAGCACUUUACGAAGCUAAUAAAGGAGGAUGGAACUUGUGACAAAUGCAAGUGUAAUCAUUGUCAUAAAAUCUUCACUUCUUCAACCCGAAGUGGGACGACUCAUUUGCUUCGUCAUAUAAGUGAAGGAAUAUGUCCAGCAUUUAAGAGAGUCAAAACGGAAAACACACCAACAGUUUUCGGUUAUGUGGGUGGUAGCAUAGACCGAAAAGUUAGUGUAAGCCCUUGGAAGUAUGAUCAAGAACUAGGUCAAGCAUCUUUUGAACAGUCACUUGAUGCACAUGAUGACUUGUUGCCAAUGGGGCUAGAUGAUAUUGAACGUCCAACAUGCACUGUGUCGGAAGGUGACUACAGUGGCGGCCAAAUAUCAAUCCCUGUAUUUUCAAAACCACCUCAACAACCUGCUGUGAAGUCAUCCCAUCCUAUUGCAGAACCAUGGAUGACCGAGUUGAGGGCUUGUGUAGGUAAACUCGUCGAACUCACAAAUGCACGAGUGCCAAAGUCUAGCAGCAUUGUUAACAAGACUCAUGUGGCUGUUAGUACUCCCGAUCUCUCUAUAGCUUCCAUUGUUAAGUGCUUGAAUGAGAUGGAGGACAUCCCACAAUCAAGUUCUAUGUAUUUAGAUGCUUUGGAUAUCGUAAGGGAUCCAGAAGAAAGAGAGUGUUUCGUGUGCUUAAACCCAGAACCACGUAGGAGAUGGCUCCAAAGGAUGUUGCAUCGUCGUUUUCCCUUACGCUAUACCACCAACAUUUGACCAACUGUAAGUAGUAUCGAUUGCUGAAAGCACAAUCAGCUUCUGGAGGAUCACAAAACUUGCGCGCGAUAUGUUCUCAUACUUGUUAUCAAGGUUUGGUUCUUGACAUAUGUUGCCAUGAACUUGUGUUAUAUAUAUACUGUACAAUUUCUGUUUAUUUCAAAUGUGGGAUUCCAAUUCCAUACUAGAUUAAAUGUUGGGAAGCUUAAUUAUUAUGCUAUCUGAAUAUCAAGAAUAAUGAUAUCAUCUUGUUCUUUUUUGGAAAA